ACGCCAACAUGCACUACACCAUCGCUUUAACUCUGACCGUAUUGAUUGCGGGUCACAUGGCGUCUCCUGUGCCAGACCCAGACCCUCAUCAUACUCGCAUAAGAAUCCAUAUUCCUCAAGACGUGCAUACUAUUCAUCAUCAUCAUAUCCAGACAUAUCCUGUGAUAAAGGAAUUGCCUAUCAUUAGAGAGGUCCCUAUUGUUAAGGAAGUGCCCAUAAUAAAGACUGUACCUAUUGUUAAGACCUUACCAGUGCCCGUAGUUCAUACUGUAGCGGUUGAAAAACCUGUACUUCUACCUCUUGGUUGGCACUGA